AUGGCCGCUUCGUUAGCACGAGCCGCAGGCAGGCAUUCAGCAAAGCGACUUUGUCUUCGACCCUCCUUUCAAGCUGUAUCCAGACAGUCGCCUCUCCUUUCACGCGCCCUUUCCAUCAGCGCCCCUCGCAGCGCCGAACAUGCAGAAGGUCAUGGCUCUUUGGGUACAACCAUUACCUCCACGGAUUCCUCAUUUUCACGCCAGCAUAUCGAACAGGAAGGAAGCUUGAUCAAUAGAGCUCCGGACACCAAUCUUGGUGACGACUAUGAAUCGAGAAAGAUCCGUCAUUAUACCGUCAACUUCGGACCCCAGCAUCCUGCCGCCCAUGGUGUGCUUCGUCUCAUCCUCGAACUCAAUGGCGAAGAGAUUAUUCGCGCAGAUCCCCAUGUUGGCCUCCUCCACCGUGGCACAGAAAAACUGAUUGAAUAUAAGACCUAUCUUCAAGCUCUACCAUACUUUGAUCGCUUCGAUUAUGUCUCCAUGAUGACCAACGAACAAUGUUUCUCUCUGGCCGUCGAGAAGUUGCUCAACAUUGACAUUCCCGAAAGAGCAAAAUAUAUCCGCGUAUUGUUUGGCGAAAUCACCCGAAUCUUGAACCACCUGAUGUCCAUUCUAUCUCACGCCAUGGAUGUCGGCGCAUUAACGCCUUUCUUGUGGGGCUUCGAAGAACGAGAGAAACUCAUGGAAUUUUACGAACGCGUUUCCGGUGCCCGACUUCACGCAGCAUAUGUCCGUCCUGGUGGUGUCAAAGCCGACCUACCCCUUGGUCUGUUGGACGACAUUUACGCCUGGGCAACUCAAUUCAGUGACCGUAUCGAUGAAACCGAGGAGCUUCUCACCGACAACCGAAUUUGGAUUGGACGGACCAAGAAUAUUGGUGUCGUUUCCGCCGCAGAUGCACUAAAUUACGGCUUUUCCGGUGUCAUGCUGAGAGGCUCUGGCGUCCCCUGGGACAUCCGAAAAAGCCAGCCUUAUGACGCAUACGACAAAGUCGAGUUCGAUGUCCCUGUCGGACAGAAUGGCGACUGCUAUGACCGGUAUUUGUGCCGAAUGGAGGAGUUCCGUCAAUCAUUACGCAUAAUCUUCCAAUGUCUCAACCAAAUGCCUCCUGGGCCAGUCAAAGUUGAGGAUUACAAGAUCGCCCCCCCUCCUCGCGCUGCCAUGAAGGAGAAUAUGGAAGCACUCAUCCACCACUUUCUUCUGUUCACAAAGGGAUACACCGUCCCUCCCGGCGAUACCUAUAGCGCCAUCGAGGCCCCCAAAGGCGAAAUGGGUGUUUACCUAGUGAGUGAUGGCUCUGAGCGGCCAUACCGGUGCAAAGUACGGGCCCCGGGUUUCGCUCAUCUUGGAUGUUUUGAUCAAAUCAGCCGUGGGCAUCUCCUAGCUGAUGCCGUUGCGAUUAUCGGCACUAUGGAUUUGGUCUUCGGAGAAGUUGACCGAUAG